AACUUCACUUCACAAUUAUCAUAACUCCACUUCUCUAAACUUCACUUCGCAUGCAUGAUAUUGAUAGUAAUAGCUCACUCACCUUCUUCCUCUAUAUCAUAUACAUAUGCUUAAUUUGCUCUAUACAUCACUUUUCCAUAGAUAUACCUACACAUUUCUUCCUCCAUAUUUAUAUAACUUUUCAUGUACUCCAUCAAUCUACGAGUCUCAAAAAAUAUUUUCAUUAAAAUAUAAUAUAUUAAGACCAAACACUCCACCACUUUCAUAAAAAAAUCCAUGACAUAUCCAUCUCUUCUAGUUCCAUCUACACUAAAAACCUCUUGCUACAUAUAUAAAUCUUUCACUCAACUAUGCUAUAUAAUUUAUGUUGAGAGCUGUAGAUUCAGAAGAUUUUUGAAGGAUUGUUCAAUGUUUUCUGCUACUUUGAGGUCAAUAUAAUUUACAUAGUAUAUCCUAAGCUAAUAUAAAAAAAAAAUAUUGCGUUUGACUUGUUGCAGCAAAGCAAAUGAGUCCCACACAUAACCAUGAUGCAAAAUUUGCUUAUGGAGCUGGUCAAAUUGACCCUGUUAAAGCUAUGAAUCCUGGCUUGGUAUAUGAUGCCAUUGAAAUAGACUACAUAAUAUUUUUAUGUCGACAGAGCUUCAACCAGUCAAUUUUACAGCUAAUCACAAAGGAUGACAUCGGUCGCUACGACACAGUAAAUGCAUCAAUAAGGGGUUUGAAUUACCCAUCCUUUGCUCUCAAGACUCCACGUCCCAAACAUCAUCUAAGUGGAAGCUUUAAAAGGACUGUUACAAAUGUUGGAUUACCGACGUCGAUUUAUAGAGCAAUUGUGACAGUACCUAAAGGACUAACUGUUUCAGUGAACCUGAGUGUUUUGUCAUUCACUUCGUUGGGAGAAAAGAAAACAUAUAUUCUCACCAUAGACGGAAAACUAAAGAGGUCUAUUAGUUCAGCUUCUUUAGUUUGGGAUGAUGAAAAUUUUCAAGUGAGGAGCCCAAUUAUUAUUUUUGAUGAACGAGCAGAGAAAGGCGGGGGUACAAAUUUAUACUGUAUAAAUUUCAUUUAUAUUGUAAUUUUUAAUUUAUUAUUUUAUAUUAUUAUUGAAUAAAUUGUAUUCUUUUUUCAAAAGAAAUAUUGUACACUUGUUAAAAAAAAUAAAAUUUCAUAUUGUUCUUUGAAUCA